GAGCGCCACCAGGGCAGCAGCCGCCGCAGCCGCCGCCGCUGGGCUGAGGAGCCGGAGACGCGGGCAGACGAGGUGGCGGCGGCGGCGGAGAGGGAGCGGAGACCGAGAGCGGGCAGAGCGCGACGGCCACGGUGUAUUCCAGAGAAUAGGUCUUUAAACAUCUUUGCUGUAUUGACGCUGAGCUGUCAGGGGACUAAGGCUUAUGAGGAGGUAUUGUCACACAAAACAGUGCCUCGUGAAGACGACAAGAAAGAGGGAAAAGGAUCGGGAAAAAAGCUAAAAUACUAUAGAAAACCAUGAGAUCUAUUCGAUCUUUUGCCAAUGAUGAUCGCCAUGUUAUGGUGAAACAUUCAACAAUCUAUCCAUCUCCAGAGGAACUUGAAGCUGUUCAGAAUAUGGUGUCUACUGUUGAAUGUGCCCUUAAACAUGUCUCAGAUUGGUUGGAUGAAACAAAUAAAGGCACAAAAACAGAGGGUGAGACAGAUGGGAAGAAAGACGAGGCUGGAGAAAACUAUUCCAAGGAUCAAGGUGGUCGGACAUUGUGUGGUGUAAUGAGGAUUGGCCUGGUUGCAAAAGGCUUGCUGAUUAAAGAUGAUAUGGACUUGGAGCUUGUUUUAAUGUGCAAAGAGAAACCCACAGAGACCCUGUUAAAUACAGUCAAAGACAACCUUCCUAUUCAGAUUCAGAAACUCACAGAAGAGAAAUAUCAAGUGGAACAGUGUAUAAAUGAGGCAUCUAUUAUAAUUCGGAAUACAAAAGAGCCCACACUAACUUUGAAGGUGAUACUUACUUCCCCUGUAAUUAGAGACGAAUUGGAGAAGAAGGAUGGAGAAAAUGUUUCAAUGAAAGAUCCUCCGGACUUAUUGGACAGGCAGAAAUGCUUAAACGCCUUGGCGUCUCUUCGACAUGCCAAAUGGUUUCAGGCCAGGGCAAAUGGAUUAAAAUCAUGUGUAAUUGUCCUCCGAAUUCUGCGUGAUUUGUGCAACAGAGUCCCCACAUGGGCACCAUUAAAAGGAUGGCCACUAGAACUUAUAUGUGAAAAGUCUAUAGGUACUUGUAAUCGACCUUUGGGUGCUGGGGAGGCCUUGAGAAGAGUAAUGGAGUGUUUGGCAUCUGGAAUACUACUUCCUGGGGGUCCUGGUCUUCAUGAUCCUUGUGAGCGAGAUCCAACAGAUGCUCUGAGCUACAUGACCAUACAGCAAAAAGAAGAGAUUACCCACAGUGCACAGCAUGCACUCAGACUGUCAGCCUUUGGCCAGAUUUAUAAAGUGCUGGAGAUGGACCCCCUUCCAUCUAGUAAGCCUUUUCAGAAGUAUUCCUGGUCAGUUACUGAUAAAGAAGGUGCUGGGUCUUCAGCUCUAAAGAGGCCAUUUGAAGAUGGAUUAGGGGAUGAUAAAGACCCCAAUAAGAAGAUGAAACGAAACUUAAGGAAAAUCUUGGAUAGUAAAGCAAUAGACCUUAUGAAUGCACUCAUGAGGCUAAAUCAGAUCAGGCCUGGGCUUCAGUAUAAGCUCUUAUCUCAGUCUGGCCCUGUCCAUGCCCCAGUCUUCACAAUGUCUGUAGAUGUGGAUGGCACAACAUAUGAAGCCUCAGGACCGUCCAAGAAAACAGCAAAACUUCAUGUAGCAGUGAAGGUAUUGCAGGCAAUGGGAUACCCAACAGGCUUCGAUGCAGAUAUUGAAUGUAUGAGUUCCGAUGAGAAAUCAGAUAAUGAAAGCAAAAAUGAAACAGUGUCUUCAAAUUCAAGCAAUAAUACUGGAAAUUCUACAACUGAAACCUCCAGUACCUUAGAGGUAAGAACUCAGGGCCCAAUCCUCACAGCAAGUGGCAAAAACCCUGUAAUGGAGCUCAAUGAAAAAAGAAGAGGUCUCAAGUAUGAACUCAUCUCAGAGACUGGGGGAAGCCAUGACAAGCGCUUUGUAAUGGAGGUAGAAGUAGAUGGACAGAAAUUCAGAGGCGCAGGUCCAAAUAAGAAAGUGGCAAAAGCAAGUGCAGCGUUAGCUGCCCUGGAGAAGCUGUUUUCUGGACCCAAUGCAGCAAAUAAUAAGAAAAAGAAGAUUAUCCCUCAGGCGAAGGGUGUUGUGAAUACAGCUGUGUCUGCAGCAGUCCAGGCCGUUCGGGGCAGAGGAAGAGGAACUCUAACAAGAGGAGCUUUCGUGGGGGCGACAGCUGCUCCUGGCUACAUAGCUCCAGGGUAUGGAACACCAUAUGGUUACAGUACAGCUGCCCCUGCUUAUGGUAUGUACACUGCCUUACUGAUAUCUCCUGUUAGCAACUAUCACAACAUUCCAAAGCACAGUUUGUAUCUAGGGUUUCUGUAAAUGAAUCAGAGGAUCUCAGACCUAUUAUUCUAGUGACCCACCUUAAAUUCCCUUUGAAAAUGCCACAACCUUGUGGUUCUUGGUUUGGUUGGAGUUGCUCUUCUCCGCUUUGCCUGAUUGAAGGACUGCUUGUUCUAAUUGCCUGUUUCUGACCAUAUUGGAAUUAAAUAUUUUAAGUAGUUCUUCUUACAGCCAACUUACACUCCAUUCAAAGGCUACUGAAGGGCCAUACUCAGUUUCUAGCUUGGCUGGCUUCCCAUUAUAUAGCGACAUUACGUUUAAGUUUCUGGUUUGGAACUGUGUUGAACUAUGUGUAAUUUGAGUCAAGAAUAGGAAAUGCUCACUUCAAAUUUGUAGCCAUCAUCCUUUUUCAUAAAUUUUGCUUUGAGGGUGAAGUAAAUGGGUGUUGUUAGUUUUAGAAAGGAGGUAAUGGGGGUAUUACCAGCAGCGUUACUUAAGUCUGUAGUACAUGGUAGAAUAUCAUAGGUGUUUCUCUUUUCUCUUUCAAAAUGAAUAAAUAAAAGCAAAUGCGUAAAUGAACCCUAGUGGCCCUUUGGAUAACUUUUGAAUGAGGUUUAUGUGGCAAUGGAGGCAAUAGGUUUGGAGUCAGUGAUAUGCUCUUAGACAUUUUUCCUAACUCAGGUGCUCCAUCUUAUAGUAUAUCAGCCAUCUGUAGGAUGUUGUCAUUGAGAGAAGAGAGCACUAGAUUGUGUGUGCGUGUGUGUGUGUGAAUGAGAGAGAGAGAGAGAGAAAGAGAGAAUGCUCCAGGCUGGGUGUCCACACACACAGAAGAGAAAGGCCCUUCCUGUAUCGCCACUCGUGGCCUUGGUCUUGUACAUGAGCCUCAGACCUUCGCAUUGUGCUUCUCCUCUUCACACAUCUGCUUUGCCAUUUUUGUUUGGAUGAAAAUUGUGGGUCCUUAAGCCACUGCUAAACUGAAUCUUCAUGUGAUUUCAUAACUGUAGAAAUAAGGAUAAAGUAAAUACCUUGCCCAAUAAGAUAGACACUUUACAUCCUGGAAAGAUGUGAAGUUACAAGGGUCAGACAUUUGGUGCAGGUUUUCUUCAAGGCAGAGUAUGGAACCUGGACUUAAUAUCCUUGACCUGUAUGUCCCCUCUGGCACAAUCAGAUAUGGUCAAGGCUUCCCUGUAUUUUGAGCUGGAGCAACACGGGGUGAUUAGGAAUUGGGGAUGAAUCUAAGAAUGUACAUUAACCCAGAUUUCCUUCUAAAUUUAAACUCUCUAAUGCCUUUUGGCCAUUUACUUUUACCAUUCAGCUAGCUUCUGGAUAUCCUGACCACCUCAUCCUUCCUGUGAAUUAGGUCUGGUCAGUUUAUUCAAAUAUAUUUUGACUCACUAGACUCACUGUACUGUGUCUUGUGUAAGUGCCAAAACAUUCCGGGGCAAGUUUUCUGUGUCGUUCUUUUAGAUCAUAUAGUUAAGUUUCACAUUGUUUAGGAAAGGUUUGCUAGAGCUUAAUUUUUUCCUUUAAAACACUUCUAUAUCCAAGUUACAUUCAUGUUUUUCCUCAGUCUUUUUAAUUUUUCUCUCUUGUUCUUCUCUUUCCUUCUUUAACAUUAUAUUUUCACCUUGUGGCCUCUGAGCCUCCCUUUCAGGAGGCUCCUCUCUUCUAUGUGCCAUAUAACUGACUUCCAAAGCUGGUGAAAUUUUAUGCCCCCAUUUUUCACAUAAAAAAAAUUUGGUUUUUAAAUGUUACUGUGAUGCAAACUUACUAAAACGAUGCUUUAUUUUGGCUGUAAGGUAAAUAUGUCUUUUGGCCUUUGUAAAGCUGUUGCAUGUGGGGUAAUUUCCCUCUGAUCAUCUGGUGCUCUUGAAUACCUGCUGUUGCUGCUUUGUGAUUUCUCCAUAGGUUAAAUAUAAGAAUAGAAAUAGAAGCAGAUUUUAAAUCAUGCUUGAGUAUGCAGAAGUUUGUGAGGCCACAAGAACGUAUUUAAUUACAAAUUAAUUAAGCAAUUAAUCUUUCCAGAUUUGUCAUGCCAAUAUUGGCAGUAGCCAUUAAGAAGAGAAACACAGACCUGGUCACGGUUCCAGUUUGAGCUGUCUUUUUGAGGAACUGAGGCCUGCACAGGAACCUUUUUACUUUCUUGUCGACUCUUGUUUCUAUUGUAAUAUGUGAUAAGCCAAAUUGAGAACUAUAUAGAUUUGUAGAGUCACUUUAGAAUAUUUAUCAGUAGCUUUGCUUUUAAUUAUUGGGAUUCAUGGCAGCUCACUCAAAUGAAAUUGCUUCCUGUGAUGUAGCAAUCUUAACUUUGAGAGGAAAAUAUUAUUUGUCAAAAUAUGAAGAGCAGUUUCAAAAUAGAUCUGUGAGAGAUUCCUGGGCCUCUUCCACAAUGGUACAUGUUGACUGACUAAUCUGGAAAAGGUUAAUGAUAAUUACUGUAAGAUAUUUUUUUACCUGAAAUUUUUAUUGGAGUAUUAAACUUAUUUGGAGUCCUCUCCGUUUCUUU